CAACGGACAGCGACUUGAAGCGGGUGGGAAUUGGGAAGCGCAUCAUUUUCUAUCUCUGCAUCUGCAGAUUAGUGAUACUCGCUCGGGGGCCAUCUCUCCGGCUUGGUCUGGCAAUCUGGGAGGGAGUACCUCUUCAGCAUCUUGAAGACCCGUCUUCCUUUACUGAAAACGCGUGAUGGGCCCCUUUGGUGAUGCCAAGCGGGGGCCAAGUGCCCGCACAGGAAGCAGCAAGGGUGAGCCUCUAGGACCCAUGCCCGACAUCCCAGCGAGAGCCUUGUCAGCUCGGCGGCCAGCCAAUCAUUCAGCGCCAAUGGCGCACACCGGCGCUUCAGAUGGCCGGGGGCACUACGGCCGUGUCCCGGCCGGGCCGCUAGAGGCAAGCUCGCCCUUUUCAGCCGGGUGCAGCCAUCACUGCAGUCUGUCUGCCAUCAUCUGAAUUGAUGCGCGCUGUCCGCCCGGUCUCCGAGUCCCCAAUGGGCCCGAAUAUCUCUUGGCAGC